AUGAGCUCCAGUGAUGAGGAUGACAAAUUCCUUUACGGUUCAGAUACAGAACAGGCGGAAGUAGGGUCCAAGAGAGUAUCACAGGAUAACGAUGGUGCACUGAGUAAGCGACAAAAAGUCUCCAACGAAAAUACAGAGAAAGACAGCUCGAGUGAUUCAAGUCAAGGUGAAGACAAUGAUAGUGAGUCAUCAGAAAGUGAAAGUGAUUCAGAUGUGGAGUUUAUCAUUAGUACAGGUACGGACUCUACUCGACUGGAUUCUGCUACAGCUUCGGGAGCCACUGCCACUGCAGCACAACCUAGUGGUAUCACAUUAGCAACUGCUCCAGUAGAGACUCCCGCACAAGUAACUGAGGAUGGCACACCAUUGACCAAGACAGACGCAUCACUCGUUCCACCAUCAGGUACAAUCGAUUUGGAAGCAGAGGGAAUGUAUGAAGGCCAGCCAGUUACGAGUUUAGAUCCUGAAGUGUUGAAAGAGAAACCUUGGAGACAGCCUGGUGCUAAUCUCAGCGAUUAUUUCAAUUACGGAUUCAACGAGUUCACAUGGAUGGAAUAUCUCCAUAAACAGGAGAAACUGCAACAGGAAUACAAUCCUCACAAGAUACUGAUGGGAAUUCUCACACUACAGCAACAGGGCAAUCUAAAUGGACCAAAGACUAUGGCGAACUCCGGAGAUAUAAACAACUCGGGUGGUAUAAAGUCGAAUACGCCGAUCAAUCAGCAUGUACCUAGCCAUCCUAUGAUGGCACCUGGAUUCCCCCCACUCCCGAUGUUCGGCGGAUUUCCAUUUCCCGGUAUGAUGCCUCCCAUGAAUCAACAACAGAAAAAGUGA